UCAUAACGGAGAUCCUGAUCUCCGCAGACAAAAGAAACGAGAAUCCGACUUCUGAUCAUUUCUCUAAUCAGUUACCAGUCUGUUAUCAUUCCUACAGUCUGAUCGGACCAGUUAGUAUUAUCAUUAUUAUCUGAUCUGACGCAGGACUUCCUGAAGAGCUGGAUCGAACAUCUCUUACCAUCAUCUGUAGCAGGUUCAGUCACUGAGGAAGUGUGUUUCAGAUCCACACAAGACGCUGGGAUGAGUGCUGCGAGGACAGAAGAUGCUGCUGCUAACGGAGGAGGAGGAGUGUGUCCGGACGGAGGCGUCACCGUCCUCAGGCCUACAGAUCUCUCAGAGAUGUUGGCGGCAGGAACCAAAGAAGUUCACGAGAAGGCCGAAAACACAGAGUUCGUCAAAGACUUCCUGAAGGGACGCAUCCGCAAAGAGCUCUUUAAGCUCGGUCACGUGGCUCUAUACUUCACGUACUCGGCUAUAGAAGAGGAGAUGGAGAGAAACAAGGAGCAUCCUGAUUUGGCGGCGCUCUACUUCCCCCAUGAGCUGCACCGGCGGGACUCUCUGGCUCGGGACCUGCAGUACUUCUACGGUGAGGACUGGCAGGACCAGAUCAGCCUCUCUCCCGCCACUCAGCGCUACGUGGAGCGCAUCCAUCAGAUCGGCCGGGACCAGCCCGCGCUCCUGGUGGCUCACGCUUACACCCGCUACAUGGGCGACCUCUCGGGCGGCCAGGUGCUGAGGAAGGUGGCCCAGCGCGCCAUGAAGCUGCCGCCCACAGGAGAAGGCCUGAACUUCUACCAGUUCGACGGCAUCCACAGCGCCAAGGCCUUCAAACAGCUGUACCGCAGCCGGAUGAACGAGCUGGAGCUGGACUCGCUCACCAAGCAGAAGAUCGUGGACGAAGCCGUCCUGGCCUUCCAGUUCAACAUGGAGAUUUUCGGAGAACUAGAGGAGGUUGGAAAAACCCUUCAGGACGAUGUUUUGGAUGCGGCUCCUGUUCAUGGGGCUCAUGGAGAGAUGCAAGGAGACAUCAGCCAGUGUCCGUAUUAUGCGGCCAAAAUGGCUGCCAGCGGUGGAUCGUCAUACAUCUGUCAUCUGGCCAUGACUGUGCUCAAACAUCCCUCCGGUCAAGUCCUAUUGGCUGCCUGGAUCGCUGCUCUCGCCGGAUUGGCUGCGUGGUACCUCAUGUGAUCCAAUGAGAGGAGAAAGGGCUCAGAUAAUAGAUGAGA